UAUUCCCAUUCCGUCAGUAAGAAAAUAGAACCUUGCAAUUUUUUAUCGGUCACUUGUCGAGCAGCUUUUGUUUAAACAUUUAGUGUCAUCACGGAAAUUAGAGCGCGAUAUGGACCUCGAUCCUCUCGAGGAAAAUGAUGAAGGGGAUUUUGAGGGAUGCCAGAUAAAUCUAAGCGAGUUGCGAGUCGAUUAUCGAGAGGUGUCCGACGAAGUCCAACAAUUGCGAUUGGAAAGUGCGAAGUCAAAUGUUGAUGUUGAGAUUGAAAAUGAACCAGAUUUUUCGUGGGAGGAAAAUUCUAAAUCCGAAAGUCAAGAUUUUGAGAACGAAACUAGAGAAGAUGGACGAGUUGAAAAGGCGAUUUCGAAAAUGGAAGAUCUCGAGGGGGCCAUUCAAGAAUUGGACAAGGAAGUUCAGGGGGCGACGAACGAAAGGUUGCAGUGCCAGAUUCAGAAUCGAGUACACUUGAAAAAACUGUUGGAUUCGAAUCCACCGGAAGCUGGAAAACUGGCUGCAAAUACCGCACAAUUUUUCAAGUUAUGUUCGGUGAACGUGGACUUGUCUUUAGAACCUGAUAAUUCGAUCUCACAAAACGUAAAUAAAUCUGUGAAAAAAGAGCGUCAAUUAGAAAGGCCGAAGACGGUGAAUAAAGAGAAUGCAAAGAAACUCGAGAAAAAACCUGUCAAGGAUAAAAAUAUGAAUUUGAUAAAUAGCAGAGGUCAAGUAAGAGAUUUUAAAAAGGCUCUCUUGAUAAAUUCUCACUUGAUAAAUAUUUCACGUUGUUACUUAGAUUCUGGCUAAAAGAAGCAACAAAAAGAGCGUCGACUACGAAAAUGAAAGUACUAAUCCCUUCGUCUUCGAUAAGGAAACCAGAGAAUUGUUGCAAGAGUUGGACCGAAGAACUGCGGUGAGUGAUUUAAUUUUCUCCCAUUGAAUUUAUAAAUAACUAGUAUUUUACAUUAAUUUAAUAACAUAAUUGUACCAUUGUUGAAGCUACUCAAUUCUCAUUUUCUAAGUCGCUCGAUGGAGAGCGAUAAAAAAGACGAUAAAGAAGAGAUUUCUAAAAAUGUCAUUGCAUCGGGAACAUUAAAGGUGAGCAAUUUUCACUUAAUACAGAUAUCGAGAAAUUGUGGGAAAAAGAGAUGCGUGUCUUUUUCAAAUUUAUGUUUCAUGUGCAAAUCGGGAGACUUCAAUUUCCGGAACAACAAUACGGGAAUUAGUGGAGCAAUAUCGUGAAGAAGUGGCGAGUGUCUUCGAAAACGAAUCGUUAAAUUCGACAGAGAACUCCAGCCCUUUCUUGAAAGUUCCAGAAGGCAUAAUGCCUAAGUAGCAAUAAUUGCUACUUAGAAAUUUGCCAACGACGGAAUUGCCACGAAAUAAUAUUUAGAUCAUUCGAUUUCACAAAUUCAAAGUAAGAUAACUGCGAAUUGAAGGCGUUUUUUCAAGACGCUAUUUUUGAUUUCACGUACCACUGUAGUCAUCGCAUCAUAAAAAUUAAAUGAGGAUAAUGCUAAUAUGUAA